AUGUACGGCGCGUGGCACCCGAAGAUCAACAUGAUGGAACCGGUGUCCGAGCACGGGGAAUGCCCCGGCGGCGGCGGGGGUCCCGGCGCCGAAGGUUUCGAGCCCCUGACGCGGGCCCGCUCGAACACGUGGCCAUUGCCCAGGCCGGAGAAUUACGUGGAUCCUCCCGGGAGCGAAGAGGGCUCCGCCGUGGCGGCGACGGGGGGCAACAAGUGUCCGCCACCCGCCCCGCAAACGUCCACCGCCAAGAAGAACUCCAGCAGAAGGAACGCCUGGGGCAAUCUCAGUUACGCGGACUUAAUUACGCAAGCGAUCACCACGUCGCCAGAUAAAAGACUGACACUGUCGCAGAUUUACGAGUGGAUGGUGCAGAACGUGCCCUAUUUCAAGGAUAAAGGGGACAGCAACAGUUCCGCUGGUUGGAAGGUAAGUACCUAA